AUGGAGACGUUGUUCAAGGACAUCUACACCCGAGAGCAAGACAAAGUGCACUUGGUCCCUCAUUGCUUCGACAAGAGGGCUCGAGUGUGGUGGAGGAGGGUGAAGCAGGAUCGAUCUCCGGACCUUCCCCCGAUCCAUUGGGCGGAGUUCCGAGGAUUGAUGUUCGCAGAGUAUUUUCCCAACAGUGACAAAAGAAAGAUGCAGGAGGAUUUCCGGAAGCUCAAGCAGGGCAAUCGCACAGUACGGGAGUACGAGCGGGAGUUCACUCAUCUCCUGAAUUGCGUUCCAGAUGUGGCAAAGGCCGAGCAAGACCGGGCGGAAUGCUUCGUAUGGGGGCUCCUGCCCGAUAUUUUUCGAAUGGUGCAUGCUUUCAAGUUCCGCACCUUUGUGGAGGUGUUGGAUUGUGCUCUAUGGGUCGAGCACGAGAACGCUUGUGUCCGAGAGGAGCGCAAAGCGUUCGAGAAGGACCAGGGGAAGAAACGGCCUGGCGGAUCUGCAGCUGAUAUGAGGGUGCUGCAUUGGUGUUGUGAGAGCGGCGGUUUUAUGGUUUCUGAAGGUUAUGCAAAAUACCAAUCGAUUCCCUGCGCCAUUUAG